GAUGCUAUGUCUUCCUAAUCUCAGUGAGACUGAAAUUAGACACGAGUGAGGUGAAGAACAGUGCCUAAAAUAAUACAGCAAUGUGUUGACAACUUGAUACCUGGCAGAAAGAACUGAAAUGGAGAACUAAAAAGAUCAAAUGAGUUAUAAAGAAAAUAGGUAUGUCUAGGUUCUUGAGCAUAGUAGUAGUCCAGUGCCGGGUUCCAGGUGUUCAUGGAGCAAAACAGCAAUGAUAAACACGAUGGUUUUAUGUUCUUUCAUAAUUCAAAUCCUUUAUAACACCCUCUUGUGAUGCAUUAUUAGUUGGCUAGAUAUUCCUGGGAUGCAAGGCGUGCUUCUGUGGAACACCAGUCAGCUGCAUUUUGUGGUUAUACUUCAUGCAGUGAUAGGCACCCUAAAGAAGGCAGCCAUGCUUUCUCCGUUCACUCUGUAAUUGCCGACUUCUACUUGUCUGGAAAAAAUAAUGAGAUCUUUCUGUUCAUGGUACAGUUAGUGAUGUAUGAGAAGCAUUAAUGGCAGUUCCCAAGGAUAAUUACAACACUCCAUUACUAUCUCCUGUUGCUUUAGUAAUUGAGUUUACUCCCCAGUUUGUGCUGAUUAUUGCAAGAGUCUGCAUGUGAGGACAAGCGGGCUGUUUGCAAACAGGGAUGACUGAGAGUCACAUGCUUUCUUAGAAAAGCAACUUAGAAGAGAUAAACAUAGUCUGGAAACAGAGUGCAAUUUGACAAGAGGCUUUCUGGUAUUCGAGUAUGUUUGAAAAAGGCAACGGGCAUUGAUUUCACAGGCUGUGUUAUUUCUUUCUUUUCAGAGUGACUGGGGUUUUUUAUGCUGGUAUAGGUAUGUGUGUCUCUUCACAAUGCCAUUUUCAUUUUUUAAAAGGAAAGUGGAAAAGAAUGGUGGUUAGAAUGACAGCGUGAUUGACAUCUUGCUUUUAAGACUUGAGGGAAUGAAAGCGCAGUGCCCUCAAAUUGCACUUACCUGUUAGCAGCAACUUACAAAUCAGAGCUCAGGACCAGUGUUAAAUGUGUAACCAUCUGACUUAGCAGUUAGACUGCAAAGUAGGUCUUCCAUCUGUCCUGUGACUCUUCCAGGUUAGAGGACGAUAUAGAUUCUCUGGAUGUCUAAACAUGGUUUCAUGCUUUAGGGUGGACAAGAAGAAUUUUGCCUGCAUAGCCUUGAACAUUUGCAGGGCUGUAGCAUAAUACAUGGGCAUAUUUUCACUUGUUAAGCGGUUAAACAGUACCUUAGGUAGAGGCACUACCUCUCCUAUCAGCCCUGGAGAAGAUGCAAGCGUGGAGGAGAUCCGAGCUGGAUUUCCAAUCAGUGAAGAGGGGUAAGCAUUGUACUCCAGCUGGAACCAUGUUGCUCUGACUUCUGUAAAAACACGUUCUUUUAGACCUGUUCUUGUUUGCUGCCAUGUAGAUCUGGUUAGAUAUAAAGCAUUCCAGAAAAGUGGCCACAGACCACCUUGUUUUGGCAGCAGGACCGUUUGGCCUUCCUAGCAGCAAGUUCUUUUUGAGGCUGCAGGUGCAUGCAUAAUGCUGGAAGUCUUUGUUUUCCAGGUUUUCUGUUGAGAACUGAAUCUGUCCCCUUCAGUCAUUCCUGCUCUGCCAGACAUGAUUGUCUGCUGAGAAACAGGAGGACAGUAGUGUCUGUAAUGCUUUCAGGACUGAGGCUGGUGGACUGGAGACAAGAAAUUCAUAAGGAAAGUACCCAAAGCCUUUGGCAAACUAGGCAAGAUAUGAGGAGAAAUACGCAUGCUCCUUUGUUUAUAUUUCUUCUUAUUUUUCUUCAGAGCAAAGAAACAUUCAGAAGAAUGUGAAUGUUGAUCUGUAUUUGGGCACUAGAAGUCCAGUGGACGUUUCUCAUCGCUGGUUUGAGGCUGCGGCGUUCAGUGUAACUCCCAGCCAGGCAGCAGAACAAGGCCGUCUGUGUACAACACCUCUGCCAGCUGGGAAGAGAGAUCCUAGUCUGAGAAAGACUAAUCUCUCCUGCCCUUCUCAGCCGUUCCAGGACACCACCGGUCAGUUCUCCAGUUCCUGCUCCUUGCAGCAGAAUAAUCUGUGCCCUAGGCUGCAGCAGCACAGCUCAAAGUGUGUGGCUCACAGGAUUCCCCAUCUCGCUUUGUCAGCGCUCCCUGCUGUGAAUCUCCCUCAGAAACACUCACACUUUGAGACUUACAGUUUAGAAAGGAGAAGGGGUAAGAGUAUUGACUUUCCUCGACACCACCAUCAGAAAGCAAAGGUAGCUGGUAGCUGCUCCAUACUCACUGCUCGUCAUCGCUGCUUAGAAAAUAGGAACAAGAAUAGUGAUUAUCCUGUUGAAAAACAACAGCAUCAGCCUCUUGCUGCUUCUUGUAUGGAUCCUGUGAACCCUUCACUGGUCAAUGCACGCUUGUUAUCUUGUACUGUAGAUUCCCCUCUCAGGGACAAAUCAGUAGUGUGUCCUCCUUCAAGGAGCUCAAGUAAAAGUGUGAAUGCUUGUUGUAGUUCAGCCCUGACCUUGGGGGAUCUCGAUCCAUCUAGUUUGGAGUCCCUUCAAUCUAUUUUGCAGUCCUCACAGAUUUCUGCUGGCUUGUACUGUUCCAUCCAGAGGCUUAAGCAAGAAACUGCUUUGAUGGGGAUAAGGGGCUCUGUCCCUCUGGAGCCCAAGUCUUCUCCAGUCAGUGGCAGUUUCUGCUUUGCUGCUGAUGAUUCAUCUCCUAGUAUCCUGAGCAUAGGAGAACAGCUAGCUGGAGUGAAGACCAGUGCUGCUCAGGCAAGACUGAAAUGGGGUGUCCCAUUUGCUAAAGACUGGAGCCUUGGUGCAGUGACAAGGGACUUCAGUUGUGCAGAACCUCUCUCUGUCUCUCACAGAUAUGGGUACAUUGACUCAAAUACAUGGAGAACCAAAAUUUCAGGUGACAUCCAGCCAAAAACCCACUCUUCUGGGGUGGGCUCUGGCAGGCUAGUGGAUACAGAAGCAGAUUCCCUCUACAGUUGCUCCCCUUAUUUCAGAUGCCAGUCCCAGGCAAAGCCAACUAUGGAAACUGGUAGUCUUUAUGUUCAUACAAAAAGUCAUUCCCCUGGAAAGGUUCUUAAAGGCAAAGAGACAUCUGAUGGGGCAUCCCCAUGUGCUGCAUCUCAGAAGAAAGACCUUCCAGCCAGUUUGUGUCCAGAGGGUUUGCAGGUGUCACUAGAGACAGAUUUGGGGGGUGCUCAAAUGAAUGUUGGUGUAGCCAUGUAUGGGACCCCAAGGGAAGUGUGCGUGAGAGUCACUUCUCCUCCUGGAGAGAAAGAGUUCAGACCAGUCCAGCAGCUUAGUAUUAAAUCUGUAGGAGUCAACAAAUCUGAACCUCGUGUUAAGUCCAGCAAAGAGUCGGGAGAGGUAUGUGACUCUAGAUCACGAGCAGCCAGAAGAGUGGGUCUGGUGGGCAGCAGCCAGUCCAGCCCUUUCGGUAUUCACGUUGAAGAAGGCUAUGGUGGACAUUCUGACAUGAAUGUGAGCAGAGAAGUAAGGAGAAACAAACACUCCCACCAAAGCAGCUGGAAGAAUUGGGACGCUGAUGCCAAUCUCGACCAGUCUGAAGAACCUUCUGCAGAGAGGAGUGCCAAAGAACCACAGUGCUGUGAAGAAGGAAACCAGACACAGGACACUGUGUCCAGAGAGGUCUCAGAGAACAGCUUCUGGUCAUUGAAGGUGAAUGAGCAAAGUUUCCAGCACUUGUGUGACAGAGAAAUGCUAACUAAAUGUUUCCAAGCAUGGAGGGGACACAUCCUCUGGAAAAGAGCUGCAGCCAGGCAGCUUUACAGACAGCAACUGCUUCGGAAGGGCCUUGGUGCUUUGAAGUGGGCUGUGCACCAGAGGAGGAUGCAGCUGGAGGUAGCUCGGCAGAGACACGCCUGGGCUCUGCUAGCUGUCAGCUUUCGCAGGUGGAAGGAAGCUGUGGUAAAACAGAGCAAGAAUCAACCUCUACUGCCUGAGCCAUAUUCUUGUACCCAAAGUUCAUCGGUGGGAUUUUUUGGAGUAGGAAGAUUAGCAACUAUGACAACCUCAGCUCAGCAGCAGCUUACAGUAGGAUACUCAAAAGAAGCUGAGCAGGCUUGUAGGGUGGAGGGAGGUCUGUGGACACAGCUUCAUCGUAAGCAGAGAGGAGACGAGUUCUGCUUGAGAGCUCAAGCAAUCAGAGAUAUGAGGCAGCUAGCAGCAGCUUUCAGACUGUGGCGCCUACAGAAGGAACUACUGAGCAAAGAGGAAGCCAGGCUUUUGGAAGCUCGGGCUCUCCUGAAAAAGAAGAAGCUACGAAACACUUUCUGUUUGUGGCGUUCCCGAUGCUUGGAGAUGGAACAGAUUUUAGCACUGAGAACUCAGAUCCAAAGAAACUUGGUCUCCCGGUGCUUCAGUGCAUGGAAGGAGACUGUUGAGCAGAAGGCACUUUACAGGUGCAGCCUGGCCCAUCUCAGAGCAAUAUCACUGAGGAAAUACUUCCAGCGGUGGCUUCAGAUGCUGCAGGUCAGAGAAGAUGAUAAGCAGGCAAUGGUGAACUACUUCCUCCUCCAGUGGCGGCAGCAUUAUGGUCCAGUUAUAAGCUCAGUAGCUGACAAAUCUAUGACACAAAGGCAUGAAGAUCAGCCAUUGUGGACUGUAGAGAGACGGUUUCCAGAGAAAAUGGGCUACUCUCUUGAUGACGUCUGCCAAAAGGUGGAGCUCCAGAGAGUGUAUCUGCUGUGGAAAGCAAGGCUGUGCGAGCAUCACAGAGCUGAUUCUUUCUCUCAGACUUUGGAGCAGUGUAGACUCAGAAAAGCUCUGAAAUUGUGGCACCAAAAGUGCCUCAUGCUGAAGACAAUUGAACAAAGUCCUAAGCACUUGCACAGGACUGUCUGUGAAGAGCCUCUUGCCAUGCUGUUUUCUGAGGACCUCUCAACAUCUUCUGGUUUUGACAGCAGUGCUCCAGCUACUCAGGCCUCUCAAAGCUCAUUGGAAAAGGAAUACAGUUUUAGUGACAGCAGCCAGCAGAGCUUCUCCUCUCUUCUGCCUGCUGAGGAUGUCACACACAUGCCAUAUUACAGUUCUUUCCUGCAACUACACCAGUGCGCAGAGCUGCCAGCUGAGCUGGGAGGGGACCUGUACUUGCAGGCAUCCUUUCCUCCACGGAGUAUUGGGUAUGGAAGAAAUUGGUUUGUGGGAGGUCAGUUCCAGUCACUGGCACUGCAGAGUCCAGACAACAAUGUCCAGCCUCUCACAGGUUACUCUCCAUGGGACGAGGACUGCAGUUCUGACAAGGAGGUGAAGAGUUGCUGGCACCAAGCAGAGAGAUGCUGCCUGCAGAGGUACUUUAUUGUCUGGUCAGCUCGAACUCAGCAACUUGUAAAGGCCCAGCAGUACUGCAGGCUCGUUCAGCUGUCUCGAGCCUUUCUCAGCUGGCACCAGUGGGUCAUGGAAAACAAGAACCAAAAAGCAGCAGCAGCCCUAAAACAUCGAGUUCAUUGCUGCCAGAUGGCUUUCAGCCUGUGGAAGAGGAGGCUGGCCCAGAAAGUGGAAGCUGACCGGAGAUUCAGGUGUCACGUUCACCAGAUGACUGCUGAUGCUCUGUGGCGUUGGCAUUCCUGCUGGCAAAGGAAGCGUGCUUUGAGAGAGCUGCAGCAGCGAUGGGCUCAGCACAGCUGCCGGGAGAAGAAGAGGCUGGUCCUGCAGACAUGGUAUUGCCAAACAAGGAAGCAGAAAUAUGCAGCUUUAUUCUGGGAACGUCUUCUCCUGCACAGGUGCCUCGUCACCUGGGCCCAGGUCGCUGCUUGUAGACUGAGGCAGCACGAAGCCCUCUCUCAUUUUCAAAGGCUCAGAGAGCACCAUCUCCUAGUUGUGAGCUUUACUGAGUGGAGGGUGAAAUUGUUGAGAGUCCAACAGCGGGUGGUGGGAGAGAGAAACCACAAGUGGCAGGAACCCUCUCAGGGCAAAGCCUGUCACCGCUGGCGAGUGGCCUCCAGAGGACAGCAAGCCCUGCGCCUGGGAUCUGUGGCUACGGUAAAACAGGCCUGCAACUACUGGACCAAAGCAGCUGCCUUUUCCCAGUGCUCACGGCAGUGCAGUACCCUGAUAGGAGCCAGGAAGAGCAGGAAGAUGUCUCUGUCUCGGUCCAUAAAAAGAAGAGGCAGAGAAAAGGGUUCAGCGCCAGCUGUCCCUCUUGAGCUUUUUCCCAGUGCCAUUCACCGCUGGCUGAUGAUCUACAGAAACCAAAACAGGGCUGAAAGGCUACUGCUCCCUCACCUGGUAGAGAGACCUGGUGUGGUAGGACCCUCUCCUGCACUUGCAAGGAUCCAGGAGAAGAAUGCAGAGGUGGACUUGGAGGAGAGGGAUCAGAAGUGGCUUGGGAGGAAGUAUCUAAGGUGGUGGCAUCACACAGUGACACUUCGCCAGUGCCAGCGGGACAGGAGGCUGCGCUGUCUGGCGAGGGCAUGGUAUCAGUGGAGAGAGGCCAGCAGGGUGGUGGUGCUGGCUCAGGUGUUGGACCAGCAGCGGCUGAUAGAAAAGGCCUGGAGGGUGUGGAGGAGACGGCAUUUACAAAGCUGUGUGGUGCGGAAUUUUUUGGAGCAGGAAAACAGGAGCCUAGUGGCUCAGGCCUUUGGAAGGUGGUGGCAGCUAACAGCACUCCGGCUCAAGGACAAAGGACGCUGCUGAACGGUGGCCUGCCCGCAGCUGCGGCUGGUUUCGGCACACGUGGAGGAUACAGCUGGCUGUCACAACAAAGGGCUGGUCCUGCGCAAGCAAGACAGCGAAUGCUCUGCUCACGUGAUAAAAGCAGGAGUGUGAUAGCCAAGGGACAACCAGGAAGAGAUGGUACCUUGUGAAAGGUCCUCUUUAAAGGACUGAUAUCCCAUCCCCCUAGAGGCACAAACAGAGAAGUUAUUCCCUUUUGUUGUGAGGUUGCAUUCUCUUCUCCUCUGGACCCUGAUUUUGCUGGAAUUCUGAUUAAAGGUCAAAAAACCACCUUA